AUGGUCGGCACAGGCGCAGCGUCAAGGUGGCACAAGCUCCGGGCAAUGCUCAGGAUACGCCACGGCCCCGGCGCAGCCGUCAUCCCCCCGACGGUGACCCGAAUCCACGUCGAAUUCGCAAAGACAUACAACAACGGCCACAUGGGUCCCAGGAGGUUCUGGCGCGACAUGCUCCCCCGCCUCAAGUUCCACAAUCCCUCGAUUCCCAUGAUCGUCAACCGCAAAGACUCAAACGAGGGCCCGGCCCUGCUCUCCAUCUACCUCUCCGACGCGGCCGCCGCGGGCGCGGAACCCGCGGCGCGCAUCCAGCCGCCCUCGUCCGGAAUCGACACCUCCAAGGCGGCGCCGCCGGCCGCCGACGAGCGCGUCGUCAAGAUUGACAUGAAGAACCAGCGCUCCGAGGAGAUCUUGGCGCGCUUCCUCGCCGAGACGGGCGCGCAGCCUGUCCUGCCGACGCCCGAGGAGCAGGCGGAGAUGAAGGAGGUUGAGGAGAUGGAGCGCCAGGGCGCCGUGGACAAGAAGAAGCAAAAGGCGACGAUUGACGAGAGGAAUCGGGAGAGGGACCUCCUGAAGAAGGCCAGGGAGUCCGUGAUCGACUAA